CAGCCAGCCGAGGCGAGCAGAAGCAGCCUGUGACGUGUCAGCGCCGAAAGAGACUUACCGACAAGGACAAAGAUUAUUCCGUACAGUGACUCAAAAUGGAUUCUUUCGAUAGACAGGAGUUCGUGCCUGAUGGAGCAUCCAACCACUCUCAGGAUUACAGUCGUGGCAGAAGAGGGAGAGGAGGAGGAUUUCGGAGCUCCUUUUCUUCAGAAAUGGGCAGCUGGAACAAUCAUGGAGGGGAGAGAGGAGCUUUCAGAGGAAGAGGAGGUAGAGGUCGAGGCUUUGGUGGAAACGAUCAGAAACAAUUCAGCGGGGAAAAUUCAACACAGGACAAUGACUUCAGUGGAGAAAGAAGAGGCAGAGGAAGCCGCGGUGAAGGUGCUGGAAGAGGAGGCUUUGGAGGAGGGUAUCGUGGAAAGAACGAGGAAAUCUUCACCCAAGAUACUAAAGAGUCAGAGGGUCCAGAAAACCCAGAUGGUAGUGUCAGACCAAAAGUCACCUAUGUUCCUCCAGCCCUUCCUGAAGAUGAGGACUCUGUGUUUGCACACUAUCAGCAAGGCAUUAAUUUUGAUAAGUAUGAUGACAUCCUAGUGGAUGUGAGUGGAACCAACCCAGCACCUGCCAUAUUGACAUUUGAUGAGGCAGCCUUGUGUGAGUCCCUGCGAAAAAACAUCAGCAAAUCUGGUUAUUCAAAGCCUACCCCAGUUCAGAAGCACGCUAUCCCAAUUAUCUCUGCUGGUCGAGAUCUCAUGGCCUGUGCUCAGACUGGAUCUGGAAAAACGGCUGCAUUCCUACUUCCAAUUCUGCAACAGCUAAUGGCUGAUGGUGUGGCUGCCAGCAGCUUCAGUGAGCUCCAGGAGCCGGAGGCAAUCAUCGUUGCCCCAACCAGAGAGCUUAUCAACCAGAUUUUCCUGGAGGCCAGGAAGUUUGCCUACGGAACAUGUGUGCGUCCAGUGGUGGUGUACGGUGGAGUAAACAGUAGAUUUCAGCUAAGAGAAAUUUCAAAGGGCUGCAACAUAGUGUGUGGAACUCCAGGGAGAUUGUUGGAUGUGAUUGGACGAGGAAGGAUCGGACUGACCAAGCUUCGGUAUCUGGUUCUGGAUGAGGCUGACAGGAUGUUGGAUAUGGGCUUUGAGCCUGACAUGCGCCGCCUGGUUAGUUCGCCUGGGAUGCCCCCCAAAGAGAAUCGCCAGACUCUGCUGUUUAGCGCUACCUACCCUGAAGACAUCCAGAGGUUGGCUGCUGACUUCCUCAAGAUGGACUAUUUGUUCCUGGCUGUUGGCAUAGUAGGCGGGGCUUGUAGCGAUGUUGAGCAGACGUUUGUCCAAGUCACCAAGUUCUCAAAGAGGGAACAGCUUCUUGACGUUCUUAAGACCACUGGAAAGGAGCGCACAAUGGUGUUUGUUGAGACAAAGAGACAAGCUGAUUUUAUUGCCACUUUCCUGUGCCAAGAGAAGCUCCCCACGACCAGUAUUCACGGGGAUCGCGAACAGCGCGAGCGAGAACAGGCUUUGGCAGACUUCAGGACCGGCAAGUGUCCUGUCCUCGUCGCCACGUCAGUCGCUGCCCGCGGCCUGGACAUUCCAGACGUGCAGCAUGUGGUGAAUUUUGAUCUCCCCAACAACAUCGACGAGUAUGUCCACCGCAUCGGCAGAACCGGCCGCUGUGGUAAUAUUGGCAGGGCGGUGUCUUUCUAUGAUCCAGAAAAUGACAAUCAGCUGGCUCGCUCCUUGAUCACAAUCCUGUCCAAGGCCCGACAAGUAGUGCCGUCAUGGUUGGAGGAGUCUGCAUUCAGUGGAGGGGCCACGAGUUUUAACCUUUCCAACAAGGGCUUUGCUUCCUCAGACUCCAGGAAGUUUAAACAGGCAGGAGGUGAGAGGAGCCAGCCACUUCCUCAGGUUGCAGUUGCUGACGACGAUGAUUGGGAGUAGAGGAGAAGGCACCCCCACCAAACACUACCCUUUGUUGCAUGAACCAGUGCUGCACGUUGUUUUAUCGGCCCAUUUUUGUUUUGUGAAUCAAAAGGAUUGCUUCAGAAAAAAUUUAAGAAUGUCCAAGAUGUGAAAAGAGAAAUGUAUGUGUUUGUGUAGUGUUUUCAUCUGUAGGAUAUAAAAAUAUUACAUUUAUUUUUUUAGGGGUGUGUUAUUUACAACUGGGACU